AAAAACUAGUGGCCUGCGCGAGAAGGCCGGCCACUUCCAAAAAGUUGUCUCGCCUUUUCCUUUUUGUUCCGUUCCGUCCACCACCUGCUCGACAAAAUUCCCGUGAGGCCUUUUUGCGCCUCUUUUUCCAAAGGUUACAUCCUCAACCCACCACCCACGGCAGCCUCAUUUCUCGGCCUGGCAGGGCCUCGGGCGCUUUGGCCAUUGUCGCUGGAAGGACGGGACAGCAGUUGCCAACAUCAAGGAGGAAAAGGGGGCCGCUUGACGACGCGUUGGAAGUUGAGGUUCGCGUUCCUCGGUUCGCACAUGUUGCAGGUAUUGCAUGGCCCCUUCACGACGACAACAGCAUGAGGCUGAGCGAUUGUGUUUGACCAUCUAGUCCUCCACCCAAGUAGAUGCAUAGCAUCCGAAGUGCUCGUCUUUUUAGGGGUGUUAUAUAGAUGCCCACGUUACAAAGUCAACUAAUUCGGCUCGAAGUCAGCAGAAAAAUCGAGAUCAGCCAUUGGCAAUUAUUGGGUGUGCCGGGUGUGCGAGCUAUCGGUGCACCACAAGCCCUGGAUAGUGCGAGUUCCUCGUGAGCCCCGCUCGAGUCAAGGGCCGACGUGGGUCAAUGGUGCACAUGCGCUCGGUGCGAUAUUUUCAGAGCAUCAGGCAGAAAUAUUGAGGACAAAUUGGACUCGCAGCAGCGCGAGAGGCUCCCUUGUUGGAGUUUUGUCUCAUGAACACGUUGACUUGGACUCGUUCAUAAGAUAGCACGCGAAAGACAGCCUGUCCAACAAGCAAGGGGCCUUUGAACUUGACAUUUGAGGACAAAUUGAAUUGAUUGCAGAAGCGGAUGGAGAUAAAACAAGGAGGAGGAAUGGGAGCAAACCGAAGGUGAUUUAAUGGGGUGGGAAUAGCAAAGAGCGAUAUGGACUUGCCUUGCCUCAGGGAGGCCUCAGAAGCCUGCUUCCAUGGUUGCUCUCCCUUUGCUGGCCUUGCAGGAGCACCGGCUGAGAGGUCCGUGACCGGUGCCGCCACGUUCCGGCUCAACUUCCUUAAUGCCACCACCUCCUCUCUCCACCCGAAUUCACAGUUCACUAACCACGAAUCCCUUCCUUCAUUGCACGAAGCAUUUUCUUUGUUUGAGAGCGCAUUUCCCCAGUACGAGCAAACGGAUAAGGCCGAUGAGAUCCGAGCCACUGAAUAUCAUCAUCUCUCUUCGGGUAACUAUGUUUGUCUCGACUACACAGGUCACGGCCUCUUCUCUUACUCGCAGCAGAUUGACAAUCUUCCUGCGACUUCGGUAGCCUCUUCAUCCUCGCAUCCUCUGCCAUUGCAUUCGACCUCACUGGGAUCGCCCUUCCUCGAGAUUUCGUACAAAUCAGUGAACUUGAGUUCACAGAUACUUCAUGGUGUCCAAGAAUCCGAAAUCGAAUCCAGAAUCAGGAAAAGAAUCAUGGCCUUCAUGAAUGUUUCUGAAACUGAUUAUACCAUGGUUUUCACUGCUAACCAGUCAUCCGCUUUUAAGCUUCUUGCAGAGUCAUAUUCCUUCCAUUCUGAUACUGAUCUCCUGACGGUGUAUGAUCAUGAAAAUGAGGCAGUAGAAUUGAUGCUAGAGAGCGCGAGGAAGAGGGGUGCACGCAACAGAUCAGCUGAAUUCUCGUAUCCAAAAAUGAGAAUCCGAUCAGAAAAAUUGAGGAAGAUGAUAGUUGGUAGUAAGAGGAACAGGAGAAGAAGAGGGCUUUUCGUUUUCCCGCUUCAAUCUAGAAUCACCGGGGCUCAAUAUUCAUACUCAUGGAUGGGAAUGGCACAGGAAAAUGGUUGGCAUGUUCUGCUCGAUGCAUCUGCAUUGAGACCUAAGGACAUGGACACUUUAGGCCUCUCUAUCUUCAAGCCUGACUUCCUCAUUUGCUCGUUCUACAAGGUUUUCGGGGACAACCCGUCUGGUUUUGCUUGCUUGUUUGUCAAGAAAUCGAGCGCUUCUAUAUUGCAGGAUUCGGAUGCAGCUAGAAGUAUAGGGAUUGUGAGUCUCACCCCCAUCAAGACAUCUUUUCCUCAUUUUCAGGAAUCUUCUCAAGAAGGCAUCGGUCAGAGACCCAGUUCUGGAUUAUUUCAGUUGCCAAAAAAUGAAAUUACAUCUGGAAUGGCACCUAAAGAAAUGCAUUCCGGAUCUCCCCAGUUGCAUUCAUCUGAAGCCGACAAUGUGACGCCAGAGGUAGUGUCAUCUACUGAGAUUGAAGAAGUAGAGACACCCUUUGAUUCUGCCAGAACGAGAAUUACAGAGACCGGCCUUGAUGGGAGCUUGGAGAUAGAGUUCCGAGGCCUUGAUCAUGCAGACAGAUUGGGCAUAAUACUUAUAAAUUGCAGAGCGAGGUACCUCAUCAAUUGGCUUGUUAAUGCGUUGCUGAGCCUGAAACAUCCGGAUUCAGACACCGUGCCACUUCCCCUGGUCACGAUUUACGGGCCAAAGGUCAAAUUCGAACGAGGACCAGCAGUCGCGUUCAAUGUGUUCGACUGGAAAGGGGAGAAGAUUGAUCCCGCACUCGUGCAAAAACUCGCUGACAGAAAUAAUAUUUCCCUCACUUGUGGAUUUCUGCAGCAUAUAUGCUUUUCCGACAAGUAUAAAGAGUGGGAGAGGACGCUGGAGACCAGAACAAGUGUGGCAAAAGGGACGGAACCGAGAAGGAAGAGGGACGACCGUCGCGGUAUAUCGGUUGUCACGGCUUCGCUCGUUUUCUUGACCAAUUUUGAAGAUGUGUAUAGGCUGUGGGCAUUCGUUUCGAGGUUCUUGGAUGCGGAUUUCGUUGAGAAAGAGAGGUGGAGGUACAUGGCCCUGAACCAAGAGACAGUCGAAGUAUGAAAAUCGGAGUUCCGUUCGAAUCUUCUUCUGCUCUUGGAAGCAUUUUUUGUUCUUCAUUCUUCCAUUCUUUGAUUCAUCCUCCUUCCUGUACGUAUGUUUUGUAGGCAGCCAUGUCUGAUUAUUACGUUGAUCAAGAAACUUGUACUUUAAAGAA